UGGGAAUCUUUGGGAUAACUUCGUGUCUUCCGGGUGUAAAGUUUUUGGGAUACCUGUGGUUGUUUGGCUAGAGGAAACUGGAGCCAAGUUUACAAAAUGGCGGCCGAAGAGACAUACUUUCCUGAAGAAUGGCUCGACGAUGAUAGAAUGAAUUUUAUGUUCUCUGCUUUUCCAGAACACAGGCAUGUUAAUCCAAAACACUGGGAUAGUAAGCUACAAUUCUGGCGUAAAAUAAUCCUUGAAAGUUGUAAUUAUCAUAAUGAACUCAGUGUGGACUUUAACAUCCUCCGACGAAGAUUUUCUCGAAAUGGGCUUUUCCCCUUGGGUUUAGCGACUGUCUUAGCAGAAAUGCUGCGAACUGGAGACUUUGAAGUAAUAGAUAAUUUAAAUGAUACUGCAAAUAGUGGCUGGGUUUCGUGGGGAUUUGAUAUCGCAAAGAGAACCGUUUCGUGGACAGUUGAGAAUUUUAUUUUGGGAAGUGACAUAAAAAAUUCAAUUGAACAAGGGAUUGUGAUGGUUGCAGUUGAYAGGUUAAAGGAGAAAGCUCAGUUAGUGUUGGAUAUUCAUGCUAAAAGUGUAGAWCAUGAGGCGACAGAUUAUAUUAUACCAUGGAAUGUGUUAAAAUCAAGAUGUCAAAGAAAUGGACUUACACUGUCUGACAAAGAUUUAGGCUUAGUUAUGUGUCAUUUGCAAAGAAAUAGGACAGUUAUUGUGGAUACUACUCCAGAAGAGGAAAAGGUUGUUAAAUUUCUAAAUAAAAAUGAAACCAAAGUUUCUAUAGUAAAUGAAAAAGAUCUUGGAAUUUUAAGGUUAAAGAAAACAAUAGCAUCACUAACAUUGCAGGGAGAUAAGCUCUCAAAGAGUGCAGACAGUUGUGUUCAAAAGGCUAAAGAAUUCUCUAGCAAAGGACUCAAGAAACCAGCUUUAGCUCAACUGAGAAAGAAGACAGUUCUCCAGAAAAACAUUGACAGAACUUAUGAUAGCUUACACACAUUAGAAGAUCUGCUACAUAGAAUACAGCAAGCUGACACAGACAAAAUGAUUCUAGAUACACUCAAGUCUGGAUCAAGUGCUCUCAAAGCUAUUCAGGAAGGGCUGUCUGCAAAGGAUGUUGAUAAAGUGAUGUUAGACUUGGAAGAGACAUUAGAUGAGGCUGAGGACAUACAAGAGGCAUUAGCUCAAGGCAACCGAUCGAUCGACGAGAGAAAUCAAGCCAACUUGGGCUACGAUAACCAGGCCUUGGAAAAGCAGCUCGCUGAAUUGUCAUUGGACACAGGUCAAGAGGUUUUGGAUCACCGUGAUCUCAAGGUGCAGUUUUCGAACAGCGAAAGCUUUGAAAAAGCUCAAGAAUUGAAUUUCCCUGAACCGCCGUCGUCAUCUCCAUCGAAGCCACAACCAUCUGAUACAAAGGUCAAGGAACCUGUGUGCUCCUAGACUCGCUAAGUUUGUAUAUAAUAUAUAUAUAUAUUAGAUAGACGAUUGCUAAUGGAAAAUGAAACACUUACAAGAAUACAAACACUAAAACAAUUAAAAACAUGUUAAGCAAGGCUAAAUUGUACUCAGUAGUAGUCUUAACGGUUCCCUGCGCCAUCUUGAAAGGUUGUCUCGCUUCGAUAUAGAGGCACGGCUACCAUUCAAGAUGGCGCAGGGAACCGUGAAGGAGACUAUUAUGCGAAGUGUUUCCAAUCGUCUUAUCGACACUAUUUAGUGCUUUUGAGCACUGUUUGUUUUGCUUUUUUUCUCGCUGAUAGCGUUUGCACACUAGCAUACUCAAAUGAAACCACCAAAUCCAGGUUUGUCAAACAAUUAGAUUCAACUUGAUACAAACAUGGUAUAUUAGUAAGUAGUAUAUCUCGUACAAAAUCGCCCUGAUCUGCGUAAAAAUGGCUCGUAAUUUAAAUACCUAUAGAUUCUUGAACAAUUCACUUGGAAGGGCACAAUGUAGUUAGUUUUCAGUAAUUCCAGAUGUUAAAAGUUGAUAUUUGAUAUCUCAGCCCUAUAACCUAGUAUAAACGGUUUAUUCCGACCAUUGAGAUCGUCCAUUAUAUCGAUUGUAAAUAUUUAAUAGCUAACCAAUGAGAACACGCGUUGUAUUGUAGUUCUGCUGUAUUGUAAAUAUUUGUAAAUCGACAAGAUUAGGAUGUGACUUGUAAUUUAGAUAUAUAAUAGUUGCGUUUGUUGUUCUACUGUUGAAAUAAAGCACUUGGGGGCGAAUAUUGCAUCAUGUUCAUCUUGGAAGGCGAAGAAAAUAACUAUUUUUUAAAAUUUGACUAUUUUUGUGUUCAGGCGCCAGCACCCUCAAGUGCUAUAUUUUAUCAAAUAAAACAUGGAAAUCAAUCUUUUAACUUAAUUCUCGCUGAAAAAGACGACGUUUAUCUUGUACGCUGGUUCAAGAGCAGUAGAGGUUUUUUUAUAAUUUUCUGUUUUCUCUUUCUGGAUUUUUGUCCUUAUGACUUAUCGCGUUUUUCCUAUUUUUUUCGUGUAUCUUCAGUGGUUUUGUUUAAUGUUUUACGUUUUGAAUGCAAACCAAAGAGAGAAGCUACGAAAAUUACUAAAGAAAACCUAAAAUACUAAGGAUAAUAAACAGACAAUUUAGGUAAAUGUUUGAUUAAUUGAUUCAGGUUUUCAAACAUCCACAGAAAAGUGUAGAAAUCACCGAGGGAAAAAAAGGCAAAAAAACUUCUAGGAUCAGGACAAAAAUCUUAUUAAGGGGUUGAUUUGUCGCUUCAGUAUAUUUAAUUAUCAGAAUCUCGAAAUAAUAUAUGACUUGUUUGUCCUAUAUUUUUCGUUUCAGUUACGUAAACACGUGCAAUCCAAGAUAUGAUAAAUCUUAGCGUGUGUCGGUCUUGACGCUUCGCUAUGGGGAAAAUUAUUCGCACGUUAUUGCUAUAUUUAAUUAUCAGAUAGUGGAAAUAAUUUCUUUUAUCUUCUUUCUUUGAAUUCACCUUGUUAUGUAAAUAAAUUGUGUGUAAUAUACGAUACGGCUUUGUUUUUAGUAUAGACACUUAGAAAUUGUCAAUAAAAUAUCGUGCUCUGUCACGAAGUUUAAGUGCUGCUUCAAA